UAAAAACGUUUGACGUCAGUAUAACAACAACCUGUCAUGACAGCUCGAAGAAAGAAAUCUCCAGAACAAUAUUUUAUAUGAGCACCUAUACAGCCACAUCCACCUGAAUGUGAGAUUCACCCUAAAAGUCUGUGUGCGAUCCAGGGCGGGCAGGACAUUCCGACACCUGCCACCUAGCCAGCCGGAGAGACGGGGAACAGGAUUGGGAAGCAGGGCGAGGCGGGCCCCGCGGAGCCGGUGGAGAAGAUGGCCGGCAGCCCCGAGAAGAGCUCCACCGCGCAGGAGCUGAAGGAGCAGGGGAACCGGCUGUUCCUCUGCCGCAAGUACCAGGAGGCUGCUUCCUGCUACAGCAGAGCCAUCAACCGUAAUCCGUCGGUGGCGGUGUACUACACCAACCGGGCGCUCUGCCACGUGAAGCUGCAGCAGUACGACAAAGCUCUGGCAGACUGCAAGCACGCGCUGGAGCUGGACAGUCAGUCGGUCAAGGCUCACUUCUUCCUGGGCCAGUGUCACCUGGAGCUGGAGAACUACGACGAGGCCAUCGGCAACCUGCAGAAAGCUUAUAACCUGGCAAAAGAGCAGAGGCUGAAUUUCGGAGAUGACAUCCCGAGCGCGCUGCGCAUCGCCAAGAAGAAACGCUGGAACAGCAUCGAGGAGAAGCGCAUCAACCAGGAGAACGAGCUUCACGCCUACCUGACCAAACUCAUUCUGGCCGAGAAGGAGCGAGAACUUGAAGAAUACAAAGAGAAACAGGAUGACAAUCAAAAUGGAGGCGAUGCUGGUAAAAUUUCAUCUAAACAUGAGAAAUAUUUAAUGGAGAUGGAAGAGCUUUUCUCUCAGGUGGAUGAGAAAAGAAAAAAGCGAGAGAUUCCAGAUUACCUUUGUGGAAAGAUCAGCUUUGAGCUGAUGAGGGAGCCGUGCAUCACGCCCAGCGGCAUCACCUACGACCGCAAAGACAUCGAGGAGCAUCUGCAGCGGGUGGGCCACUUCGACCCCGUCACCCGGAGCCCCCUGACCCAGGACCAGCUGAUCCCCAACCUGGCCAUGAAGGAAGUGAUCGACGCCUUCAUCCAGGAGAACGGCUGGGUGGAGGACUACUGAAGAGCCCGGCCCGUUUCCCCGUUCAGUUCGACGCUCAGAGCCUGGACGACACCAGACUGUAGAGAAGCAGAACAGCCUCACUGCAGACCACAAACCGGAGAAUCAUUUCUUCUUCUGCAGUAAAUCUUCUCUCUCUGGCUCUGACGCUCAGUGUUAGCUGCCCGCUGCUCCCUUUAAGUUCACUCUUUUCCUCUUCAUCCUCCUCUUCAUCACGUUGUUUUUGGGUCUCAGAUCGGGCGACCAGAUCGCGCUCAGGUUUCUGUUGCGCGCCGCCUGCUUUCUCUCGUUCUCUGAAAGCGCCGCAGUCCAGUGUUUCCACCGAUUAUCAACACAGAGGAAGCAAUCAGACUUUUUUCCAUAAAGACGGAGUUUUAUUUUAGCCAAGUAUAUUUUAUGUAAUUCUUCAUGAAAAACGGACCAUCAGUCACUAAAAUGCCAAAAAGCUGUUGACUCAAAGGAAAAGGGAGCAAGUACCCCUUUCUUCCUGCAGGUGGCGCCUCUUACACACCUGUCCCCGUCACUUUACUGUAAAAAACGUCGAGUAGAUUUAAGUAGAUCUCUUCUCCUUUGCAUAUCAAUCACACCCCGAUGCAGACAAUUAAGAUAAGUUGAAUGUAUGGUUUCUAUAUUUCUUUUUUUAUCAGAACAGUUUAAGGUUUCGGGAAAAACCUCAAACUGGGAGCAGAAGAUGAAUUGCUGCAUUAAAAUAAAACAUUUCCACGUUGCUGGAUAUGAGAUGAAACGCCUAAAUGUUUAAACCUGAGAGACAUUCAGCUGUUGCUGCUCUGUCUGUUCCCAGAAGAUGUUUCUGGACGCUAACAUGAGGAGGAUCGCAUCAAGCAUGAAGUGCAUUUCCUUGAACUAGGACAAAUCUUUUCCCUGUCAGAAAGGACUUGAGGUUCAGAUGCACCACUGACCCAACGUCUGCCACUUAAAAUAAUAAAUAAAAACAUGCUGGAAGGGUUAGAACAUCUUUAUCCAUACCUCAGUCCAAGUGUUUGCUGGAUUUACAGCAUUUCUUGUAAUAAAACUGCAAAUACAGAAAAUAGUUUUGGUUUAGUUUUUAUUGCAAAUGUCUUGGUAGACAUAAAAUAAGACAAAACUAACUAAUAAGUCACUUUUCAGCAACAUGUAAGAGCUUUUGUUUAGUAAAUAAUCCCUUGAUAUUGAUAGAAAUGUUAAUUAAAAUUUAUCUGGCAGAUUGUUUUAAUUAUAAUAAAACAUUUUUUCAUGUUAUAAUUCAAAUAAUCCAGCAGAACUAGAAAUAUUUCAUCAGUAUUAAAGAAUCAUUGACUCAACAAGCUCUUAUUUCUUGCUAAAACGUUACUGAUCAGUUAGUUUUGUCUUAUUUGAAAUGUACUAAUAUAUUUGCACUAAAACUAGGCAAACAGCCUUGGUUAUGUUUUGUGUUUUUGCAGUGUAAGCAUCAUUGAUAAGUCGCUAACGUUUAUGCUCUCAUAAUCAUUUAGUUCCUUCAGUUGGUUUUUGGUCAAAUUAUUCUUUAUUCUCGGUGUGACCAGAUAAAUCAAACAUCCUUGAAAUGUAGUAAAUUAUUCCUUAUUGAUGAUGUUUACACUGCAAAACAAAAUCUAACCAAGUGUUUUUCCUAGUUUCUGGUGCAAAUAUCUCAGAACACUUGAAAUGAGACAAAACUAACUGUUCAACAAGAAAUAGCAUCUUUUUUUAAGUUAAUAAUUCUUUACUAAGAUGAAAACAUUCUAGUUUUAUUAGCAGAUUAUUUCACUUAUAGAACAAUAUCUUGUUAUAAGGGAAAUAAUCCACUAAUGAAACUUGAGCUUUUUCCUCCAUAUUAAAGAGUUACUGACUCAAAUCGAGCUCCUAUAUUUUGCUAAAAAGUUUAUUGUUUUGUCUUAUUUUAUGUGUCCUGAGAUAUUUGCAGCAGAAACUAAACAAAAAAUCUUUAGAUUUUGUGUUUCUGCAGUGAAUAAAAGGAGUUUUCAAUCCAGUGCUUGGUAGUUUACAGCUGAAUGUGUCUGGUGAGUUCGGUCGGCCGGCCGCUUUUUGUGCUGAGGUUCAGUUUUUGUACAUAAGUUGCUGGUGUUGCUCAGAUUUUAGUUUAUGAAAAGUUAGGAUUCUUUUCUUUGUCUGGAGAAAUCCUAGAAAUUAAUAAACUGUAUUAAAUGUAGAUAUGUUGAUAACAUGAA